GCAGUGCGCAAUUUCCUCUAGGAGGUAAACAGGCCACUUGCAGUUGCGCUGAGGAGGAAUCCGGGAGGGGAGGCAGCCUAUCGGCGGGUGUGGGAGCCGACCCCACCCCGCGCCAGCCCGGCACCGCAGUCACGUGAGCCGCAGCAACAAGUCGUCCCCGCCGGCCGGCGUCGACAGCAAGGAGAGCCAGCUCCUGAUUUGUCGCCGCUCCCCGACCGACUCACCGACGGACAGCAGACGGGCGGCGAUGCGUUGGGCCGUGUUGUGCAGCGUCGCGCUGCUCUGGAGCGUCAGCCUGUGUGCAGACCAAUGCUCAGAUUUUAAGGACUGCACUAGUUGUAAUGUCAACAGCACAAGUGCCAACAUCACCUGCCAUUGGCAAAUUUGCAAAGGUAGUAAUGAAUGUGUAAGAAAUGUAUCAUCAAAUUGCUCAGCAUUGAAUGAGACCAUGUGUACAGGCUUUGCAAAUACAACUGAAAUUCCAACUUCACCUCCGACUACCGCUUCCACUUCAGCCCCUGCAAAAACAACUGCAGUUCCAACUACUUCACCUACCAAUUCUACAAACUCUACUUCAGGGAUCACUGUGGUCACUCCAACACACACCACCACGAGUCUUGCUACUACACCAGGUGCAGCAAAUAGAACAACUGGCUCACCACCUGUGCCACACAGGAAUUCUACAUUUGAUGCUGCAAGUUUCAUUGGGGGGAUAGUGCUUGUGCUUGGACUGCAAGCUGUAAUCUUUUUUGCUGUUAAGUUCUGCAAAAGCAAGGAUAGGAAUUACCACACACUUUAAGCAUGUUGCUGUUGGACUGCAGUGUCUUGGCUAUUGCUUAUAUUGGUCUGCUGUGUAAGGAUAAUUUUUGGGAAAUGACACACCACUCUUUUAGAAUUAGCCAUAUCUUAAUGGGUGUACAUUGUUUAACUUUGAUUUGACUUUGACUUGCUAUUUGUUGAACAGGGAUGUAACCUUCAAUAGACCCACACUUCAUUUAUUAUUGGGCACAUGGAUUUAUUUGGGGGAGGGAAAAGCCAUGCCUUAAGUAAAUGUGGCCUUAUUCAUUCUAAAUAUUUGUGCUCUGAAAAUGGGCCUCCUUGAAAUCAGAUAUUCUUAAAUUCAUGAAACAUUUUAUGUUUAAGAUUUUUUUGUGUUAAAAGAUUGAUUUGUGAUCUAGAGCUGCCAACUGGGAUAACUGCUGGGAUAAAUGGCUGUAAAUGCUUUUAUUUAGUGGAGUAACUUGGUGAUUUAUCUUGGCCUUGUGUACAUCAAGCAACAAUUUAAUGGCCUCCUUAUGAACAUGGAAGUUACAGAUUAAUUUUAUAAUUUUGGAUUGUUUGCACUAAAUCCAGGCUUUAUUGACUACAUUAGUUUACAUCCUUUGAGUAAAUGCACUCCACCUUCAAUACAGUAUACUUGAUUAUUGUAAGCCAUGCUUGAAUGAAUUGACAAUAUGAAAGUAUAUUGUUCACUUAAUGUGAAGUUCACCGGACAUUUGAAGAUUUCAUAUAGCUUCAGUGACUCCAUUGCCAUUGGCCCUUGUGAAAUACUGCAUAUUAUGGUACUUUCGCUAACUUCUGCUUGAUGAACAGCAUCUGCCUUCUAUUUACCUGUUUUGUAUAAAGUGACAGAAAUAGGCAGAUAAGAGGAUUUAACUUUUUUUGGUCUGGGCAGUUAUUACUAAAGUUGGUAGCUCUUGGAAUAUUUAAUGUGAAGAAUUUAGUAUCUUAGCUUGAAAUUUUGUUAACAUGAAGAUUGGAAGACAAUCAUUUCGGAUUAAAUUAUAAAAUCUUGAAAUGUAGUACAAUAUUGCUGUUAAUCCUGGGGUUGGUCAUGUUUCAUCUUCUAAAUGAUUUGGUCAGUUGUGUACAACUUCAGUUGUUGCUUUCAGGUUGGAUCAGUAUGCUCUCAAGAGAUAGAAUUAACUUGUGUUAAAUAGGAAAGUUAGUACACUUGGGAUUUAAAACAAAACCUCAGUGGUCAAAAUCUGAUUUGAAUAUGGGCAAACUGUUUAGAGAUUGUUAUAUUGGUAGCCAGUGUGAUAUUUUCUCUUGAACAGUGGAAAAAUUCUUCUGUCUCCUUUCCUUGCAAAAAAUCUGCAACUUCUCGUAAAUUUGCAAAGUGGCAUCAAAAGCUGUGAGGAAAAUGUUAGGCCCUUCAAGUAAAGGUGCAUCAUGACUUUUUAGUUCCUGGAAUAAAAAAUUUAGCAAAGCUUGACAUUCUGAAAAUGCACACUCUUCCAAACUCCCAAUCACCAUCCCACCCUCUCACUGGUAAAAUAAUGGUAAACUAUACAAGUGAAAUUGCAUCUUUAAUAAAGUAGAGGUGCUGGUCAUUUGGAUAACCAGAGUAGUUUCUGAAUGCUUAAGACUUGACUUUUUUUUUUGAUGUGAAAUAUUAAGUCUAAACUGAUCUUGCAACAUCCAAGCUAAUGCCCUCUACUUGUUCUAACUUGAAUAUGAUGCAUUAUGCUUGUACCUUCGCUGCACUUGGAGUGUUUUGUGUGUUAUCUGAGACCAAAGGGACUGUCAUUUUUUUUUGUGCAGCCUGGUACACCUUUUACAACUUCAUUGCAUUAAGUUAUGAGUGAAGCCUAUGUGAGUAUACCAAGAGUCUGAAAUUGCAGUCAGCUAUUGGGGGUCUUUUCAUCCAUGUUGCUUUUUCACCUGCUUUAAUAAUUGCACUGAAAUGUUCACUGUACAGUACCUUGUAGAUGUAUUUGCAGAUUAUAUUGCUGUCAUCCAGAUACAGGUGCUCAAGGUUUGCACUAUAUCUAGGCUUGAGAAUUGAAUUCUGGUUAAAGUGCCUUAAAGGAUAACUUGCAAGCCAUUAACUUUAAGUAUGGCCAAAAAUGGAAUUGGAGGAUUGGUUUGGGGGGAGGGGGGGUGGGAGUUAAAUGAAGAAAAUGUGUUAAUUUUAUAAAAUGUUUUGGAAGUGCUUUGUUCAGACCUCCAUACUCUUCACUUGCCAAAGUGUGAUGUAAUGUGUAGAACCUGAAGCAUUUUUGGGUACCUGCUUUACCUGUGAUAUCGCGGGGUGUAUAAACACUUCACAAUAUCUCUAAGAACAGAAUGCUAACCAUACCAACCAAUAAAUUUCAUGUUUUAAUUA